CACCCAAGCAAGCAAAACAAUAGAAACAGAGAAAAAGCCAACCACUCUCUCUUUCAUGCCUCCGCCAGAAAAAAACCUAACCGAGAUAUGACACAAAACCAGACCAAAUUCUCGGUUCACCCGAAAUUCUGAUGAUCAGCUGGUCUACGUGAAAACCCAUCAAGAAUCUCCCUCACUACCUCUCCACAACCAGGUAGAUCACCGGUGAAAACCAAGAGAACCAGUUGGGUCAAAACAACCGGUCCGACCAGAAUUCACCCAGUAGGAAUUGAGGUCCGGCUGACAGUUUUGGACAGCAAGGAGAAGGCAACAUUGGUUGGUUUUGUUCAGGUUUGAUCAGUUAGUUUUGUUUCGGUUGAAGAAAAGUUGAUAGUGUUGCUAUAGGUGUUUAGUGAUUUAUUAAAGGGUUAAUUUGGAAAAAUGGAGGAGUUUCUGGAACCAUCACCAAUGACACGCCAAAAACAAGACCUGGCAUGGAAACAUUGCCAAAUGUUCAAGGAAGGGAAAAAGACAUACUUGAAGUGUAUAUAUUGCGGUAAAAUGUUUAAGGGUGGUGGGAUUCAUAGGCUUAAGGAGCAUCUUGCUGGUCGCAAAGGUGGUGGGCCUAUGUGCCGAAGUGUUCCACCUGAUGUUCGGCUUUGGACGCAGCAGUACCUUGAUGGUGUUAUAGGGAAGCAGAACAGCCAGCAACUGAAGAUUCAGGAAGAAGCAAGCAUUGUUAAUUUGCCUUCUAGUGAGGAAGGCAUGCUUUCAAAUCCCUUCGGUAAUUUUGAAGGGACUCCAGGAACCCGGAGAAAAAAAGAUGUGGGAUGGAAGCAUUGUGAAAUGUUGAGAAAUGAGAAACGGGUGCAGAUUAAGUGUAAUUAUUGUGCCAAAUUGUUUAAGGGUGGUGGCAUUCAUAGAUUUAAGGAGCACCUUGCUGGUAGAAAUAGUAGCGGUGUGCGUAUUUGCACACGAGUCCCAUCCAAUGUCCGGGUUUUGAUGCAACAACAUUUGAGUCCUAUUGUAGCGUGGCAAAGAAAGAAACGGAAAUCGAAUCAAGAAAAAUUACACAAUGUUCAUUCACUUCCUAGUGGUGAAGAUUUAGACAUAUUUGCUGAUCAUAGUGAUGAGUUGAACACCUCACCUGAAGCUGCUGCUGGCUGCAAUUUAGCCGAAGUAAAUUCAGAUUUUUUACUAGAUGAAGAAGGAACAAGCAAUGAAAAUUUGGGUAAAAGAAAGAGCAGAGGAGGUAAGACAACUUCUGCUAUUGCUCUUGCAGCUGCACAUGACGCUAAUGCUUUAAUGGGACUGGGUUUAGAAAAAACAGAUAAUGCAAUCCAUGUGACAAUGGGGCGGUUCUUGUAUGAUAUAGGAGCUAGUUUAGAUGCACUGGAUUCGAGUUUUUUCCAGCCAUUGAUUGAUGCAGUAUUUUCUGGACAGUCAGGGAUUGCUGCACCCUCACAUCAAGAUUUUCGUGGUCGGAUAUUGAAGAGUCUGGUCGAAGAAGUAAAAAGUGAUAUUGAACAACAUAAGACAAGAUGGGCGAAGACUGGUUGUUCUCUUUUGGUUGAAGAAUGGGACUCAGGAAGUGGUUUAACUUUGCUAAAUUUUUUGGUGUAUUGCUCUAAAGGAACAGUAUUUUUAAAAUCAGUGGAUGCAUCAAAUCUUAUAUACUCAACAGAUGGUCUGUAUGAAUUGCUUAAACAAAUGGUGUUGGAAGUUGGAGCUGGAAACGUUUUGCAAGUUAUUACCAAUGGUGAAGAGCACUAUGUCACUGCUGGGAAAAAAUUAAUGGAUACUUUCCCUUCAUUGUAUUGGGCUCCCUGCGCAGCUCGUUGCAUUGAUCAGAUACUGGAGGAUUUAGGAAAACUUGAGUGGAUAAAUGCAGUGCUUGAACAGGCUAAAUCUAUCACAAGAUUUGUCUACAAUAAUAGUGCAGUGCUGAACCUGAUGAGGAAGUUUACUUCUGGAAGUGACAUUGUGCGACGGGGUGUAACACACUCUGCUACUAACUUCACUGCAUUGAAACAAAUGGCUGAUUUCAAACUUAAUUUGCAAACUAUGGUAACCUCACAGGAGUGGAUGGACUGCCCUUAUUCAAAGCAACCUGGAGGAUUAUCAAUGGUAGAUGUUAUAAGUAAUCGAUCAUUUUGGUCUUCAUGCAUCUCAAUCAUCCGUUUAACAAAUCCUCUCAUGCAAGUUUUGGAAACAGUUAGCAGUGAAAAGAGGGCUGCUAUGGGAUAUGUUUUUUCAGGAAUAUACAGAGCCAAAGAAUCCAUUAAGAGAGAACUUGUCAAGAGAGAGGAUUAUAUGGUUUACUGGAAUAUUUUAGAUCAUAGGUGGGAACAACAAUGGCAAACUCCUCUUCAUGCUGCGGGUUUCUUCCUUAACCCCAAGUUCUUUUAUAGCAUUGAAGAAGAUAUGCACAAUAAAAUCUUGUCAAGGAUGUUUGAUUGCAUUGAGAGAUUGGUUCCUGGUACUGAAGUCCAGGAUAAGAUUGUCAAAGAGUUAACCUUGUACAAGAAUGCCGAAGGAGACCUUGGGAGGAAGAUGGCAAUUAGAGCUAGAGAUACUCUGCUUCCUGCUGAUUGGUGGUCUGCCUAUGGCGGAGCCUGCCCCAAUUUGGCACGUUUAGCUAUACGUAUUCUCAGCCAAACCUGCAGUUCAAUUGGGUGUAGCCAUAAUCAUAUUCACUUUGAGAAGGUAUAUCGCACCAGAAACUGCCUACAGCGCCAACGGCUAAGUGAUCUUGUCUUUGUUCAGUACAACCUGCGUCUUAGACAGAUGGUUGAUGGAAACAAAAAACAGAUUCCCGAGGACCCCAUAUCAUUUGACAAUAUCAGUAUUAUUGAAGACUGGAUCACACAAAAUGAUCUUUCCCUAGAAGACUAUGGAAGUUCAGAUUGGAUGUCGCUUGUUCCACCAUCUGUUAAUACGAUGCCAUUGGUACCAUCAACUGAUGAAAGUGAAGAUGUUGCUACUGGGUUUGAUGAUUUUGAGAUCUUUAAUGGACUGAAGGAAGUUUAAGAUGUGAAAUGAAGAUGAUAUCGCAGGCCACUUGAACUUCAUCCAAAUAUCCAUGGAGAGUUAAUAUUGAUGACUGGUUAUGUUUUGCACCAUGCUCACAUUGGAGAAAGGUAUUGCAAGAUGGUUAUAUUUGGCGCUAUAACCAGGAGUUAGUUUAGGGGGGCAGCGACUCCAAUCAAGUAUGACACUAGUGUUUUUCCAUUUGGACCUUCCUUAAUAUGACAUGGUUGAAUACUAAAAGUGUUUCAUCUGUUUUGGAGUUCAAGUAAAAACUAUCCGUUUACUCA